AUGUUUCAAGGAGGGUCGAGGUUUGCUUCGGCUUCCUCUUCAGCAUCAUCAACGUCCACUCCUUCAUCGGGCAGCGCGAGUAGUGGUGGAUCGUCCACUUCUUCAAGUUCUGGUAGUAGUACCAGCUCGCCUUUUUAUCCCAAGACCUUUGUACCAUCGAGUGGAGUGAUGAAUAGUCUUGUGGGUGGAGGUACCUCGGGUAACAGCCUCACGGGAUCUUCAUCAACAACGAAUCAACGAUCGUGGGUAUCAUCAAGUGGUGAUUCUUCUUCUACUGGUGGAAAUAUCCAAUCUACUUUGAGUAACUCGACCUUUGCACCAUCAUCACCAAGUAAAUUGUCUUCAUCUUCAUUUGCUUAUCAGCCCAAAAAUUACGAUCCAAGUGCAAAAGCAAGCCCAAAUGUGCAGGCAUCAACUCAAACAAUGCAACAACAAUUCUCUCAAAAGAGAACACAAUACAAACAACAAUAUGAAUUGCAUCAGCAGCAUUUGGCACACAAAAGAAACACACCUGUCACAUCAUCUCCACAUUAUCACCACCACAACAACCCAAACAAUAGUUCAACAGCUCCAUCGUAUAUUUUCACACCUGGUGAUAAUGACUUCCUUUCUGGAUCUUCUAAAUCAGCUUACCGUAGUAUCCACAACUUUUUUGCAAAUGAUUCCAUAAGAAGUGUUCUUUUGAAUCGCAAUUUUCUAAAUUAUAUUCAAUGUUUGGACGAUUUAGAUGAGGAAACUCGCAACCAAGGACCUAUUUCGGAAAAACUUUCCCAAAUUCCAAGCUUUAUUGAUCAAUAUCACUCGCUGUAUCCACUGGAUCGCGAUUUUUUCAAUGAUUUUUCUGGUCAAGAAAUUUAUGCUUUUGGGGAAUCAUUCAGAGUUAUUGACUCAAUGACAGCAAGCCCUUGUUGCUUGAGACGUAUUAGCGAGCAUCAGUUAAUGUUCGAGCAGGCAUACAGUUUUGUGGAGCCAUGGUUCAAAGUUAGACAUCCUAAUAUUGUUUCCCUUAAAAAUCUCAUCACCACAGAUCAAUUCGGAACCAACAACGACCUUUUAUUUAUUUUCGAUUUUUGUGCUGGAGCAGAAACAUUGGAGGAACACUUUUUUAUUGAGACAUCUAGGGCCCCUUCAGAGGCUGUAUUGUGGAGCUUGUUAUGUCAAGUUGUUAGUGCUCUUCGAGAAAUUCAUUCACAUAAUCUAGCGUAUAGAACAUUUGCUCCGAACAAAAUUUUGAUUCUUCCAGGAACUCACAAGAGAUUCAAAUUGAAUUGUGUGGGAAUGCGACACACACUGGAUCCUACAGAUGACGACAUUGCAAAGCAACAACAGAAAGAUUUUAAGCAAUUAGGUGCUUUGAUUGUCGGAUUAAUUUGUACACUAAAGGAUUUGCCUGAAUCCCAAGACAGUCUUUCAUUAUUGAAUUCUCAUGAGAAUGCUGCCAAGUAUUCCCAAGAAUUGAUUGAUAUAAUCACGUAUCUCUUGCAUGGAGAGGUAAACAUUAAUACCUUAAUCUCAAAACUUGCAAUUCGAUAUUUGGAAGAGUUAUCCAAUACCUAUGGAUAUAUUGAUAGCUUGGAAAACGAGCUGGCAAAAGAGCUGGAAAAUGGUCGAUUAUUCAGAAUACUUGUCAAGUUGAAUUUUGUAGCACAACAUGAAGAUUUCGAGUACAGCACUAAAAACAGACAAGGCGUAGCAGAUCGACAAAUGAUAAAAUUAUUCCUUGAUUAUUUAUUCGUUCAAGUUUCUGAUUCCAAUCAAUGCAUUCUAGAUUUUGGACACAUUGUCGAAGCAUUAAACAAAUUAGACGCAGGAACCAAUGAGAAAGUUUUAUUGAUGAGUCGCGACGAACAAUCCCUAAUAGUAGUUACCUAUAAGGAUCUUAAAAAUUCCAUUAAGACUCAAUUUUCUAACCUUCUCCGAAAGAAUAAAGUAUAA